UUUAUAGGUUGGUGACCUACAUCUUUGUUUAUGAAGAUGUGAUCUCCUUGGUAUGCAGUGCUGUUAUCAUCUGGUACUUUGCUGGCAGCUUUGAGAAGAUGGUGGGGACUGUGAAGCACUCCUUCCUCACUCUGGCAUUUGCAGUUUCCUUAGCUUUCCUCUACCUUGUACUCAGGACUAUGGCAUCCAGCCUGUUGAAGAUGAUGGAUGCUGAAGGAUUCACUCCUGUGGCUUUUGCCAUGCUGGCUGCAUCAAUUGCUCGCUCUCAGAUGAGGAAAACAGUGCUCCUUGGAGUGAACUUCCACAUGACAUUUGUGCCCUGGUUGCUGCUUUGCAUGGCCUGGAUGAUCCCAAGUUCUUCUUUCCUAGCAAACCUCUGUGGCCUCUUAAUUGGGAACAUAUAUGGUUAUGGUUACUGUUUUGCUUUGGAUUUCUCCGAAUCAACAGCCUCUUGUUUAGAUCGGAAGUUUCCUUUCCGGCUAUUGAAAAGGAUUCCUGGGAUGAAAUAUGUCCCCGGAUCCCUGGCAGAAAGAAGGGCUUUCCAGAACAGAAAGUUAAAUCCAGUGCCAGGUUCUUAUCCCACUCAGAACUAUCACAGCCCCCCUCCUCCGUUGCUUGCCAUGCACAUGCAGCAUCCUAACGCACAAAUUCCAGCACCUGGAUCACCAUGCUUUCAGAUUCCCACACCACAUCACACUGCUGGUGCUAUGGGAGAACUGUGCAUCCAGAACCAUUCCCACUCACCAGCAGGACUGCCAUCAGCUUCUCGUCUUGUUGGUGCUAAUUCAUGGGUGCCUGAAAAGGCAGGUGAUUUGGGUGCCCACCAAGCGCCAGGGCUUCUGACUGUGGGAGCUGCCUCAAAAUCAGAAGAUGAUUGUCAAGUUCAUAUAGGUUGAGUCUAGCAGGUAACUGCAAAUGUUGGACUCUGCUAUAGUAACAGUGGUUUCCCUGAGAAGGAAGUCUCUUCCAAAUGAUAAAAAGUUUUGGAGAUCCUGAGAAGGUUGAAUCUAAUUGAAGAAAGGGACCAUUCUCUGUCUUGUGGCAGCCUGGUGGGAUCGAGUGACAACAAUAUCUCGGCUGUUUAAUUCUGAAAUUUAAUUUAUGCAUUAACUUUGGGUGAUGAUAGUGUGGCCUUCACAGCUUUGGGUUGUAUCUCCAAUUUUGUAAUAGGUGGUGGAAAUUUUCCAUUUACUGAGGUACUGGACAGUUUAGGAUUGGUUUUACGGUGCUUCUGAUAAAACUGUUCUUUCCUUAACAUUUGACUGGCGGGAAAGCUGUUUAGGAUCUUUUUUUUAAAAAAAAGUAUUGGCCAUGGAUGAUAUGUGCCUGUUGAAUUGAGACACUUAUUGUCAUCUGAGCACCUUAGCUUAAACCUCUGAUUAUUUUAUAAAAUGGCUUGUUAUUGAUUUUCAAAAUCUACAUUAGAUAAAUUUGGUAUAGAUCACAUAUGAGGAAGUGUAGCCAGCUGGUUCUGGUAAGGACGAUAUUCAUGAAAGUCAUGCUGUACAUACAGAAGAUCCCAGUUUCAAUCUAUGAUGUUUCUACUUAAAAAAAAAAGCUAAACAGCAUGAAGCUAUGAAAGGUUUCUUGUGAAACCAUGAGAAUUUUCUCCCAGUCACGGUCAUGGGCAUUAUUUUGUUUAACAGAUCUGGCAUCUUUCUACCAUGUUCUCUUGGCUAGCAUAACCUUGGCAAAUGUAUGAUAUUACUGGAAAGUGGGAUAAGCUGCAACUGUGGUAAGAGAAAAAUCUAUUGAAUAAAAGAAUAAUUUGUGAGGAGUGUAUCGUAUUUGUAUGGAAAUGAGAGAUAUGCUGCAGAGAGGAAUGAAGAAAUUUAUACUGGUUAAGGUUGAUCCUUGGAAGAGCUUAUAUUUUUCGCUGUACAGUGGUACCUCGGUAUUUGUUAAUUGGUUCUGGGAAGCAUGAUGAGGUGCGUACCAAAAAUGAUGAAUUUUUCCUAUAACAAAUGAUGUGAGUCAGAAGGCAGCUGACAUGGACAGGUUCUAGCUUGUGCUUUGAGUACCAAACAAACGAUGAGUACCAGCACAAAAUUUUCAUGUAAAAAUGCAUUGAGUACCUAAUUUGAUAAGUUUCAAAGCAGUUGAGUACCAAGGUACCACUGUACAAAGAAGCAAUGUUGAAUAUGAAAGUUAUAGGUGGAUUCCAUAAGGAAGUGGUCAGAUUCAUUAAUUGCUAAAAGCUCAGGUACAGAAAUCUUCUCAACCAACUGUUGAUACCUUCUUAGAUAAGGGUCAACAUCGCUCAAGGAGGGUUGGACAUAGUUCCCUUGUGUCGACGUAGAGAUUCUAAGCUAAUUCCUCUUUAACCCCAUCCCCAAGUUCUGUCAUCACUUCUCUUACAGAAGGUGAUUUAAUAAUUGUGUGCAGUGGAAAAACUGGCUAUUAUUACCCAAAACCGUCUGUCACUUUUGGUUUAUUGAGGAACAGUUUCAAUGACUUGGUUUGGAUUUUGCAUUUUCUCCAGUUCGCCUUUUGGGAAGCAAUAGCUAAUUUUUGUUACUUUGAAUUGCUAACAUCACCUUUCAGAGAUGAAGCCCCUCAGUACAAUCUUUAAAAGUUAAUUCUCAGAUGGGAAGUCCCUCUGGCCCAAAGUGUAAUUUUCUGGGAUUUUAGUUCAAAGGAACUGUCCUCCUCUUCAUAAUGGUGUGAGACAUCUAACAAAUAUUUGUAAUUUAAUUCUGAAAUAUGUUUUUACCAUUUCAAAAUUGCACAUCAGGUUUGCUCAUUAAAAAAAAAAUAUUGUAGCAGUGCAGGCACCUGGCAUCUUUAAUGUCAGUGCCCCAUUUAUGAUGUAUUGUCCCUUUUAUCAGCUGUUCUGCCCCUAGGAAGAACAAAGGUCCCUGUUUCUCAAAAUACAAAGCCUAGUUUCUUUCUUCAAAGGCCAAAGUCUUCCUCUUAGAACAUUGCUUCUUCUGCUCUAAUACUAUUUGUGGAUGGCUCCAGGAAGUCUCAUAAAAUAUGAACAGCGUUGUAAACAUGUAUUUAGAAAUGAAUUUCCCUAAAUACUUGAAAUUGCUACUGUUUCACCUAUAUUUAUUUCCUCUUUGUAAUGAGAUGGAUAUAUCCCCUUCUCCCUCUUCUCUCCAUGCUUUGAAUUGUGCAUAUGUCUUCCUUGGCAUGUAAGUGCUGGCAGGUCAGAUGGUGCACUGCACAGUCAGAAAGUCAUCCAUUCUACAACUAGGGCAAUACACUGCAAAUUAAUAGAAUUGUAUUUUUUCGUGAGACUGAAAUAUCUUUGUUUUGUUAAGCUGAGAUUUAAAAAGGAUAUCCAGGCAUGACUAUGGAAGCCCAUGGCAAAGAAUAGCAAAAAGAAUUAAUGGUUGAAGAUAAUUUUCUCUGUUUUCAUUGAGUUAAAAACAACUUGAUGGCAGUCAAUUAUUUAAUUGAUCAAUCAAUCAGUUCUUGGAGGUCAGAUGUCUAACCCAGGGUUAUGUAGAAGAAGAGAGAAGGCAUGAUCUCUUUGAAGGAUAUUGAGGUUAUAUGCUAAGAAGAAAUACCUUGCCAACAAUUUUGUAGCAAAGUUUGCCAAAAAAUUGUUUGCACAGCUGCCAGAAAAUUUGUCCUUACCGUGAUUCUGAUUUAUUGCUACAGUUUUUAUGCUCCUUCAAUCAAGCAGAUCUAAAUGUUUUACAAAAGAUACGUUAUGUACCUUUUUAUCUCUACUUCUAUCUUAGAGAAGUAGAUGUUGAAUACAGAUUCAACAUCAUUGAUAGCAAUAAGUAUGUAGACUGUAAAAUACUAUAAUUUUGAUUGUGGUGAGCUAGAAAUAUAAAUUCAAUCUAUCAGUUAUCAAUAACACUCAUUACACAUCCUUAGAUAACACAAUUCAUUAAUUAUUCAGAACCUGAAAGCCUACUUAAACAACCAGGUCUUUAACUUUCUGAAUAUUAAAAAGUAUGAUGUUCUUAUCUCUUAGAUCAGAGGUGUCAAACUUGUGUCAUCACGGUGUUAUCACAUGACGUAUCAUGACUCCCCCCCUU